AAUAAGCAAACUGAGGAUGUUCGCAUCUGUUUCUGGACUUGCACUCUGUGUGUGGUGAACUAAUUGUUAACAGUCAGUGCUCAGCAUUUAUAUAGUAUGGCUGUGUACAUGAAGCUGUGCUGACUGACACCCUGUAGUGGAGCAGCUGUCUGUUAGCAGUUCGCCUCCUGGCCUCUGCCAUUUUCAGCAGCUAUGUUUUGUUUGGUUGCUGUUAGCAGCAAGAUGGCGGCUCCCAUCCCGGCGCACAGACCCUCUGCUCUGUAUAUUUAAUAGCAAGUUUUAGCCCCUACAGUGUCUCUUCACACUGAUGCACGGAAUAGCCGUGCAUCGCAAUUAACCACAGCUGGAUAUGCGUUUCUGUUUCUGCAGCUUUGAGUUAGCCUAAGCAGCUACUUGCAGCUUUCUACUGACUGCACAGCCUUUACCGAGAUAAAAUGGCGGACUGACUACUGCAGUAUGUAGGCUAACGAACAUCACAUUGAUCCCUCUUCGACUAGCAGUCUGUAACGCUAUCACCAGAAAAGGAAGUGUAUUCACCACUUUUAAUAAAAGCUGUUGAAUCUUUGGCAGACAUCAUCGACUCAUCGCAGAAAAACUAAAUCCCGAAAAAAGGCCAGUUAGCUACGUAGCGAGCUACUAUCAAAUUAGCUGGCUAGUUAGCACGCUAAUGCCAAUCCCAAACCGCUGUUAGCGAGCCAGAGACGAUUUUACAAACAUUUGACAACCUGUGUUUGAAUUUGGGGUUUGUCCCUUGUGGAGGAUCAGGAGACGCAAACCAUAGCGCCAUGACAACCGAACUCGCAAGUCCUGCACUGCUGCAGCCCCGUUGGAAGCGCGUACUGGGCUGGAGUGGCCCGGUACCGCGGCCUCGGCACGGACACCGAGCCGUGACUAUUAAGGAGCUAAUGGUGGUGUUCGGCGGAGGGAACGAGGGGAUCGUGGACGAGCUCCACGUCUAUAACACAGCUACCAACCAGUGGUUCAUUCCUGCAGUCCGAGGUGACGUCCCCCCCGGCUGUGCCGCCUACGGCUUCGUGUGUGACGGGACGAGGCUGCUGGUGUUUGGAGGCAUGGUGGAGUAUGGCAAAUACAGCAACGACCUGUAUGAGCUGCAGGCAAGUCGCUGGGAGUGGAAACGUCUGAAGGCCAAGAAUCCAAAGAACGGACCGCCCCCCUGCCCGCGACUUGGACACAGCUUCUCUCUGAUUAGCAGUUCUUGCUAUCUGUUUGGAGGACUGGCCAAUGACAGCGAAGACCCCAAGAACAACAUCCCCAGGUAUCUAAAUGACUUGUACUGUCUGGAGCUGCGGCCCGGCUCCGGCGUGGUUGGCUGGGAGAUCCCGCUGACAUCAGGUCAACCGCCGCCACCCAGAGAGAGUCACACGGCUGCGGUUUCGAGCGGCCGCGGGGCCAACAGACUCAUCAUCUAUGGAGGGAUGAGCGGCUGCAGACUGGGAGACCUGUGGGUGCUUGACAUCGACUCUCUGACGUGGAGUAAACCAGCCCUUGGUGGAGCUGCCCCCCUUCCCCGCAGCCUGCACUCUGCCACCACCAUCAACAACAAGAUGUAUGUGUUUGGAGGUUGGGUUCCUCUGGUGAUGGAUGAUGUCAAAGUGGCGACUCAUGAAAAGGAGUGGAAGUGCACCAACACACUGGCCUGCCUCAACCUGGACACGAUGUGUUGGGAGACGGUCUUGAUGGACAGUCUGGAGGAGAACAUCCCCAGAGCGCGAGCAGGUCACUGCAGCGUGGCCAUCAACUCCAGACUCUACAUCUGGAGUGGCAGAGACGGAUACAGGAAGGCCUGGAACAACCAGGUGUGCUGUAAGGACCUCUGGUAUCUGGAGACAGAGCGUCCCUGCGCUCCCUCUCGAGUGCAGCUGGUCCGGGCAAACACGUCGUCAUUGGAGGUGAGCUGGGGGCCAUCACAGACCGCAGACACCUACGUGCUACAGCUGCAGAAGUACGACAUUCCUGCCACAACUGCAGCCUCCUCUCCUGCCUCUAAUCCCGUCCCCACCGCCAGACCUGGAGCCAGCAUCUGCAAGGGCCCUGCCCCAACUGCCGUGUCACCAGCUAACCACACUGCCACUCUGGUCCCCUCACCCACUCUCUCCUUACCUGGAAACCCAUUGGCUGCUGCUGCUAAAGCACCAGCUGUCCUGAGGAUGUCUGCAGCUUCAGGUACAGCAGGUGGAGCCUCUGUUGUCACAGUGAGACAGGCCACGCCCAAAUCCCCGGUUGCUGUGGCAACGCUUCCCGCAAGUGUCCGUAUGGUGGUACCUGCUCAGGCUGGACAGGGGACGCCAAUAGGAAGCAGUCCUCAGAUGAGUGGCAUGGCAGCACUGGCAGCGGCGGCUGCAGCAACUCAGAAGAUCUGUCCUUCCUCACCAACGAUGUUGAACGUCCCUGCAGGAGCUACAGUUGUGAAAACAGUGGCUGUGAGUCCGGGAGUAGCCGCUCCAGUUACAAUGGUGAGUAACCCAGCCACUCGCAUGUUGAAGACUGCCGCUGCUCAGGUGGGCGGAGCUUCGGUCGUCUCCGCUCCUGGGGCUGCCAGUCGACCAAUCAUCACAGUUCACAAGUCUGGCACGGUGACCGUUUCACAGCAGGCUCAGGUGGUCACCACGGUGGUGGGUGGAGUCACAAAGACCAUCACCCUUGUUAACAGUCCACUCAGUGUGGGAGGAGGCGGAGCCUUGAUCGGUAACCUUGGUACCCUGGGGAAGGUGGUUUCGGUGGUUCAGACCAAACCAGUUCAAAGUGGAGCAGUUCCUCUUCAGGCAGGGAGCAGCUCAGUAACACAGAUCCUCCAGACGAAGGGCGCUCUCCCAGCUGGAACCAUAUUGAAGUUGGUGACCUCAGCAGACGGCAAACAGACCACCAUCCUCAGCACUGCACAGGCUGGAUCCACAUCAACCAAGUCCACCAUCUUGGGUGUUGCCCCAGCAACCUCCAAACCUGGGACCACCAUCAUCAAGACCAUCCCAGUGUCUGCGCUGCAGGGGGGGGCAGGUGCUAACAGUCCGAUCACCAUCCUGACCACCAAGAUGGUGACACCAGGAAGUGCUGGUAAAAUCAUCACCACUGUCCCGAAAAUCAGUGCAGCCAACCAGCAGGGCCUCACACAGAUGGUGUUGAAGGGGGUUUCAGGGACUCCUGGUGCAAUCCUCAGGACUGUGCCGAUGGGAGGAGUCAGACUGAUGUCGCCUGUCACCACCAAACCCACUGUCACCACAUUGGUCGUCAAGACAACCACAGGUGUGUCCAGUCUGGGGACAAUAACAGGAAGUGCCUCCCUGACCACGCCCAUCACCACCCUGGCAACCAUCGCCACCCUGGCCAACCAGGUUACCACAGCAGCUGCUGCAUCAGCAGGACCCAAACAAGUGACUCUUAUCACCACUCCAAGUGGUGCUGAGGCUCAACCACUGGCCCAGGAUCUUCCUGUCUCCAUUAUGGCUUCUCCUACUUCAGAAGAGCCUGGAAGUUCUACUACUACUUCUAUUAUUACUGCAGGGGGAGAAUCUGGGGACGGUGCAGCUGCCACAGUGACUUUGGUCUGCUCCAACCCGCCUUGUGAGACGCAUGACACGGAAACGACCAACACGACCACCGUGGCCUCCGCCAGCAUGAGAGAGCUGCAGGUAACAGGUGUGACAUCCUCCUCUCUCAAGCAGCCUUCAGCUGAACAACCUGCUCCUGUUCCUCCACAUCCUGUCAGCCUGAAUGGGGGGAACAUCUGCUCCAACCCUCCAUGUGAGACCCACGAGACAGGAACCACCAACACUGCUACCACAGCUGGAGCUGGAGGACUCAGACAGGUGUGUUCCAACCCACCGUGUGAGACCCACGAAACAGGAACCACCAACACUGCUACCACAGCUACAGCUCAGCAAGGUGGAGACAGUCUGCAAGUAGACUCCACAGACCUCUCCUCCUCCUCUGAGUCUGCCUGCUGCACCACAGUCAGUCAGAGCAGAGCUGUUACCACGGUUACACAGGCCACGCCCACCCCUGGACCAUCCAUACCUGAGAUCUCAUCAUUGGUCAGACAGGGCAGGGCGGAGUCCUCAGCUGUUGCCAUGGCGACAGCAGCAAUGGAGGAGGGGUCUAUGCAGACUAACUGCCAAUCAGGGCAUGUGAUGUCAUCAGAAGUGUCGGUGUUACAGGUUCACCUAGAGGGCAGCGAGGUGACAGCUCAGAUGGAGUCGUCAGACAGUGGUCUUCCCCAGGAGCUGAUGUCAUCGGAAGGGGACGGUGAUGAGGUGGUCUCCACAGCAACAACCCUGAUGGUGACAGAACUGACCUCAGAUCAGUUGACUGUUAACACGGUGACAGAGGAGGCAGCUGGGCAGGCGACACUGCAGGCUGUGCUGCAGGCAGCAGGACACAUGGCAGAGGGCUCGAUGGAUCAGUCCAUCCCCAUCGUUCUGACGCAGCAGGAGCUGGCAGCUCUGGUCCGGCAGCGGCAGCAACUACAGGAUGUCCACAGCCAACCAGAACCAGAACCACAGCACAGCAAUGUGCCCACAGAGGGCCUUGCUCCAGCAGACAGCCUCAAUGACCCGGCAGCAGAGAGUAACGGACACGAGCUGACACAUUCGGCAGCAGUGACGAGCGCCGUGGCCCGAUUGGCCAGUACGUUUGGCCCCACCCCUUCUCUGACAGCCAGCCCAGCUAGGCGUCAAGGUGCCGCCGCACUCACAGAGGUGACCAAUGGCAUCGCAGCAGCUGCAGGGAAGCAGGCGGUCCAGGUGAAGUCCGCAGCAAAGGACAGCCAGUGGUACGACGUCGGAAUCGUCGGCGUCACCAACAUGGUGGUCACACAUUAUUACGUCCCCUAUGAUGACAAGGUGGCCGAUGACAACUCUGGUGCGACACCAGACUACAGUCGGAUGAGGAAGGUGGACCUGCAGCCGGGCACAGCCUACAAGUUUCGAGUGGCGGGCAUCAAUAUCUGCGGCCGUGGAGCAUUCUCGGACGUGUCGGCGUUUAAAACGUGUCUUCCUGGUUUCCCCGGUGCGCCAUGCGCCAUCAAGAUCAACAAGAACCUGGACGGGGCUCAGCUCACCUGGGAGCCUCCUGCUGUCACAUCAGGGAAAAUCACUGAGUACUCGGUGUAUCUGGCCAUCCAGUCCAGCCAGGCCACCUCCUCCGCUUCAGCCUCUGGACCGACCCAGCUGGCCUUCAUGAGGGUCUACUGUGGUCCCAACCCGUCCUGCCUGGUCCAAGCCUCCAGCCUCGCCAACGCCCACAUCGACUAUACCACCAAGCCCGCCAUCAUCUUCCGCAUUGCCGCUCGCAACCAGAAGGGCUACGGUCCGGCCACGCAGGUCCGGUGGCUACAAGAAAAAGAGGCGAGUAGAGCAGCAGCGAAGAGACCCGGCGCUUCUCCUGACUUUAAACCUGUUGGACCAAAGAAGUUCAGAGCCGACCAAUAGGAGGAGCCGACGUUUUGCUGCAGACUGCGAUAGGUCACUGUUGUCUCAAGCUCGCCACGUGGACGGGCAGGAGGCAGGCCUCUGACAGCUUCCUGUCGGUUAGCAGCUCUUCGCCCUGGGAUGGGAGUAAUCUCUGAGGGCACAGUGAAGGUCAAAGGUCACAGUGUGGUCUGAGGGCAGAGUCUCUGCAGGAGGCGGGCUUUAAACCAGAGCUGUUGUAAAUAAUUUUCUUUCUGUAGCAUCAAAAUAUUUAGCUUUUCCUUUCCGUGUCAGAACAGAAUUAUUUCUUCAGAUGUUGAUGAAAGGUUUGCUGGCCGCGAGCUCACGACUCCUCAGUUUGUCUGAAGGGGAAGCAAAUGAUUUUUCAGCUGUUUGUGAAUAUUCUCUGGAACAAUAAAGAUUUUUAGAACUUG